CACCCGCCUCCCCGACCUUCUGCCAUCCACUUCAUCCUCCUUCUCCCCAGCCGACCUCCUUCCUUGUCCCAUCGGCCAAUUCAUCUAUCCAGCUUCUUCACUUCCCUCAAUAAUCUUUUCCUUUUCUCUAUCUGCUUUUUAGCCUUUCUUUUCACUUUCACAAUGGCUUCCCCUCGUGCUGCUUCUCCCUUGACCUCCGGCGCCGAGUCUGGUCCCGACACCAAAUCUGCCGGCGCUAGCUCCGGUGCUUCUGCCGUCUCCUCUGUCAACCGUCCCUCAUCUCCCACUCCUCCUGGUGGUCCCCGUGCUGCUUUGCGUCGUCGCGCGGCCGCCGACCACAAGGAGUCCCUCCGCAAUGCCAGACCCAGCUCCACUCGCGCUGCCGGUGCAGGUGGUUCUUCUGGCACGAUGCUGAAGCUCUACACUGACGAGAGCCCCGGCUUGAGAGUCGACCCCGUUGUCGUUCUGGUUCUCAGUCUGGGAUUCAUCUUCUCCGUUGUCGGUCUUCACGUCAUCGCCAAGAUCACCCGCAAGUUCUCUUCGUAAAUCGCCCAACAAGCCACCGGUGCACGGUUAAACUGCCCUAGGCCCUGGCCCAUCCAUACAUUUGUUGAUGGGUGGUGGUACCCGCCGCGGGUGAGGAUACUGAAAUCCGGCUUUGCGAAUUGAACUGUCCGCCAUUUACCACCUUCGAAAUCAUAUACCCCUGGUGUCCUCUUUCUCUUUACAUUCUGUGUGCGCCGGUAAUGGGGACAGUUUCUCGCAACACACGCGAUCGACACAGCGCGCUUUUGUAUUUUGUCUGGAUUCGAAUCUAUCUGCCGCAUAGGACGAAACGGACAUGCCCGAACAGGCAAAGGAGAAUUCUUUCCGAGGAAGAGAAGGAGAGAGAGGAAGUGGAACGAAAUGAAUAUGUGUAAUUAUAGUGCUUAUCAAUGGAAACGAGAUUUGAU